GAUACCGACACGAGCGCUGCUGCUACCGGUGGGUGAGGAGCUGACACCUAUUCCCCUAUCAUCCUUCCCAGCAGCCCCAUAUACGUCAUCGCCGCGGUAUACAGACACCGUACAGCCGCAGAGCUCAGCAGCCCGGAGUGCCCCCACCCCGCUCCCGGGGCAGUCACGACAUACCACCACUGUUUGGGAGGAUUUUAAAUCCGCACAAGAUUCACAAAGCGCCUCUGAAAUGGUCAUGCAAAGGCCCAGUGACAAGUGCCAUCUGUAGCUUUCUCUUACACCCCACAGGGGUGUACAGCUCCUGCGAUCAGAAUCCAGGUUCUGCGGCAACACCAGGACAAGCUGUUGGCUGGGUCACCCCAGUAACAUGUUCCUCCUGUUUUCUCUGUUAACCCUAAAGCAAUCACUGAAGAUGUCUGAAAAAAGUGCAGCGUAGAAUCAAGGACUCUCACUGUAAAGAGGUAACAAAAGAGGAAAAUUGACAACCACCAUCCUUACAGAAAAAUAAUCAAGUCUAAAGGGCACUUGCCAAGAAGAGUAGAUUAUUGGAAAGGUGGUAUACAAACUUUUGGGAAAGGGGGAUCACAUAUCCCAAAAUGGCAAACAAUUCAACAGACCACCAUCCUGCUAACUCUGUUAAUGAUGGCAGCUUUGAAGGGGACUUUGGCUGCAGUGUGGAGGAAUUGCGAGAUCUCAUGGAGUUGCGAAGUGGAGAGGCAGUCACCCGCAUCCGGGAGACGUAUGGCGGGGUCCCCAACAUCUGCCGCAGACUGAAGACCUCUCCAGUUGAAGGUCUGUCGGGAAACCUUGCAGAUUUGGAAAAAAGACGACAAACAUUUGGCAAAAACUUCAUUCCCCCAAAGAAAUCCAAAACCUUCUUGCAGCUUGUGUGGGAGGCAUUGCAAGAUGUAACCUUAAUCAUUUUGGAAAUUGCAGCCAUAAUUUCACUUGGUCUAUCCUUCUAUCACCCGCCAGGUGGAGACAAUGAAGCAUGUGGGGAAGCAGCAGCAGGAGUGGAGGAUGAGGGUGAGGCACAAGCUGGCUGGAUUGAGGGAGCGGCCAUCUUAUUCUCGGUCAUCAUUGUGGUAUUGGUAACGGCAUUCAAUGACUGGAGUAAGGAGAAGCAAUUCCGGGGCCUGCAGAGUCGUAUUGAGCAGGAGCAGAAGUUUACGGUUAUCCGAAAGGGACAAGUCAUUCAGAUUCCAGUUGCAGAACUGGUUGUAGGGGAUAUUGCACAAAUUAAAUAUGGUGAUCUCCUACCUGCAGAUGGUGUCUUGAUCCAAGGUAAUGAUCUGAAAAUCGAUGAGAGUUCAUUAACAGGAGAAAGUGACCAGGUGAAAAAAUCCCUUGAAAAGGACCCAAUGUUACUCUCUGGAACACACGUGAUGGAGGGAUCCGGACGCAUGGUGGUCUCAGCUGUGGGUGUCAACUCUCAGACAGGCAUCAUCUAUACCCUUUUGGGAGCAAAUGAAGGGGGAGAGGAAGAGAAGAAAUCUAAGAAAGGUAAAAAACAAGGACCUCCAGAAAAUCGCAACAAAGCCAAAGCUCAGGAUGGUGUAGCGUUGGAGAUACAACCCCUGAAAAGUGAGGAAGGCGUGGAAAGUGAAGAAAAAGAGAAGAAAGUGGUCAAAGUGCCAAAGAAGGAAAAGUCGGUCUUGCAGGGGAAGCUCACCCGGCUUGCAGUUCAGAUUGGAAAAGCAGGUCUUAUUAUGUCUGCCAUUACGGUGAUCAUCCUGGUGCUGUACUUUGUCAUUUACACCUUUGGAGUUUUGGGGCGCCCAUGGCUUGCAGAAUGUACCCCCAUCUACAUCCAGUACUUUGUUAAGUUUUUCAUAAUUGGUGUCACAGUACUGGUGGUAGCUGUUCCUGAGGGGCUGCCUCUUGCAGUCACUAUAUCCCUGGCAUAUUCUGUUAAGAAAAUGAUGAAGGAUAAUAACCUUGUACGGCACUUGGAUGCAUGUGAAACUAUGGGCAAUGCUACUGCUAUCUGCUCUGACAAGACAGGCACUUUAACUAUGAAUCGCAUGACUGUGGUUCAAGCGUAUGUUGGCGGCACCCACUAUCGACAAAUUCCUGAUCCUGAGGCAUUGAACCCAAAAAUGCUGGAAUUGCUAGUCAAUGGAAUCUCUGUUAACUCUGCAUACACAUCGAAGAUCUUGCCUCCAGAGAAAGAAGGUGGUCUUCCUAGGCAGGUGGGUAAUAAGACAGAAUGUGCUUUGCUUGGAUUUGUGCUGGACCUGAAGCAAGAUUAUCAAGCUGUCCGUAACGAGGUUCCAGAGGAAAAACUAUACAAGGUUUAUACGUUCAAUUCAGUGCGUAAAUCCAUGAGCACUGUACUCAGUGAACCUGGAGGGGGAUUCCGCAUGUACAGCAAAGGCGCCUCUGAAAUCAUUUUACGCAAGUGUACCAAGAUAUUGGAUCAAGGAGGUGAAGUAUGUCCAUUUAAAAGUAGGGACCGAGAUGAGAUGGUAAAGAAGGUGAUAGAACCAAUGGCAUGUGAUGGUCUGCGUACAAUAUGUUUGGCAUAUCGGGACUUCCCAGCAGGCACAGAACCUGAUUGGGAUAGCGAAGGGGACAUCUUAUCUGACCUCACAUGUGUCACUGUGGUGGGCAUUGAAGACCCUGUUCGUCCAGAGGUGCCUGAGGCUAUUCAGAAGUGCCAGCGAGCAGGGAUCACUGUACGCAUGGUUACUGGUGACAAUAUAAACACAGCUCGUGCCAUCGCUACAAAGUGUGGCAUCCUGCAACCGGGGGAAGACUUCCUGUGCCUUGAAGGAAAAGAGUUCAACACACUGAUUCGAAAUGAAAAGGGGGAGGUGGAACAGGAGAAGUUGGACAAAGUGUGGCCAAGGCUACGGGUCCUUGCCCGAUCAUCCCCCACAGACAAGCACACACUGGUUAAAGGCAUUAUUGACAGCUUAGUGGCAGAGCAGAGACAGGUGGUCGCUGUGACAGGAGAUGGAACCAAUGAUGGACCAGCAUUAAAGAAAGCUGAUGUGGGAUUUGCCAUGGGCAUAGCUGGUACAGAUGUGGCCAAGGAAGCUUCAGACAUUAUCCUAACCGAUGAUAAUUUCACCAGCAUUGUGAAGGCGGUCAUGUGGGGCCGUAAUGUAUAUGACAGUAUUUCCAAAUUCCUGCAAUUCCAGCUCACUGUUAAUGUGGUUGCAGUGAUUGUGGCUUUCACUGGAGCCUGUAUUACACAGGACUCUCCAUUAAAAGCUGUACAGAUGUUGUGGGUCAAUUUGAUUAUGGACACCUUUGCUUCUCUUGCGCUGGCCACAGAGCCACCCACUGAUUCACUGCUUCUGCGCAGACCAUAUGGACGUAACAAGCCACUAAUCUCCCGCACAAUGAUGAAGAACAUACUGGGACAUGCUGUGUAUCAACUGACCAUCAUCUUCACUUUGCUCUUUGCAGGAGAAACCUUUUUCGACAUUGACAGCGGGAGAUACGCCCCACUGCACUCCCCUCCUUCAGAACAUUACACUAUUGUUUUCAACACCUUUGUUAUGAUGCAGCUGUUUAAUGAGAUCAAUGCCCGAAAGAUCCAUGGAGAACGCAACGUCUUUGAUAGCAUCUUCCGAAACCCUAUCUUUUGUGCAGUGGUGGUGGGAACCUUUGCAGCACAGAUUGUGAUUGUUGAAUUUGGAGGAAAACCUUUCAGUUGUUCUGGCCUUACCCUGUCCCAGUGGUUCUGGUGCAUAUUUAUUGGAGUUGGUGAGCUGUUAUGGGGCCAGUUAAUCUGCACAGUUCCCACAAGCCAACUUAAAUUCUUGAAGGAGGCAGGCCAUGGGCCAAUGAAAGAAGAUAUUACACACGAAGAACUCCAAGAGGAUACAGAUGAGAUUGAUCAUGCAGAAAUGGAGCUUAGGAGAGGCCAGAUCCUGUGGUUCAGAGGCUUGAACCGGAUACAAACUCAGAUUAAAGUGGUUAAUGCGUUCCGCAGCUCCCUUUAUGAGGGGCUUUUGAAGCCACAGACCCACAGUGCCAUCCAUAGCUUCAUGAACAAUCCGGAGUUCACUCCACGUGAGGCGAAGCCUGACCCCCAGCUAACAGACAGCGACAGCGAGGGCGAGGAAUCUCAGGGUCUUUUGAAGGGACACAUUGUACAGACGCACAACCACAAUAACAACUCCUCUGCUGACCCUCGCCCAUUGGACAUCACAGUGUCACCGUGUGAGAGCCCUGUUCACAGCAUGGAGACCUCCAUUUAACAGCAAAAACAAAGCCCAACUCAGCUGGGCUUAUGGAUGAGGUCACUGCUCCCUCCCUUGCUGUCCUGUCCUUUCACUGUCCGUUACCCAACAUGCCCCCACUCUCCAUUUUCACCUCAUUCAUGCACACAAUGCUUUCUACAAACAGUUAGACAAACUAAGUCUAUACAGGUCAUCCUAUAAUAAUUAUCCAUAAACCCAUAAACUUACAAUGUCCAUGAAACAAUAGAAUAUUUACCCAUGGAGCCACAGUCUUUGUAUAGCCAUAGAUUCAUAGACAGCGGCUGCACUAAUAUUGCUAUAAACAUACUAUUCAACAACAACAAAACAUUUUUCCAUUAAAAGCUUCUUCCAUCUCCACAUUAACAUGGUCUGAGCAAUUAUAAUUGUGCACUAGGUCUGUUCUUCCUGUGUGCAGCAUUCAUUUGUGGUCAUUGUGCAAUUAAUCAAAACAGUACACUACAUCUAUUAUAGAGCCAUAAACUUAAUGAAAUUUAUGUAUGAUCUACAUAUAGUGUCUUAAACACAUACUCCAGGUAUUUACACACUGGCGAGCUGCGUGUAAGCCAUGUAAACUUUUUUUAUUUUAUUUUUAUUGUUACAUUAUUACAAAAUCUGGUCAUAUAAUAAAUUUCACAAUUACACAAGCGCUUGAUAAUAUGGUCAUAUACACAAUGCAUGUGUGUUUACGCUUUAACCGUUUAAUUCCCUCUGUUUUCCUGUCUUGUGUGUUUGCAUGUUUAACGACACUGCUUCCCUGUCCUGUUGCAUCCUUACACCGUAUAUACCUUGCUUGUUCUUAUCCCAGCCUAUAUCCUUUGCCUUUACCCAAAGGUGCCACUAAAAAAGGAGCUGGGCAAAAGUUCCUAUUUCCAACCAAAGUGUGCCAUCCCUUACUGCUUCAACCAGGCACAGCACCCAUUGCACCUGUCUUCCACCUGUAGGACUGCACCAGCCCACAGCUUCCCUCCCCAAGACUGUGAAGCUGGGAACAUGUGCAGCACCCCAACUGCCGGAUAUCUCCCAGUACCAAGGAGUAAAAACUGUGCCAUUCUGCCAGCUUAGCUGGUGUUUGUACCCCUAAAACACUGAUCCUUUAACCUGGAAGAGACCAACACCAGGUGGAGGGGUCCAGGGUGUGUUUAAUGGAAGGAGGGCUACACUGCCAUAUAAAAAUUGUAUGUGUAAUACUAGUAUAUACAUAUGUAUGCGAUUACACACACUGCAUACAUUGGUACGUUUACAAUCACUGUUCCUGAAUGAGGGCUAAUGAAUUUGUGGGCAAGUUCGGCACUGCUGCUGACCCCACUCUACUGCCUGUUAAUGAAACCUCUGAUGGGGCACACAAUGCGUAGGGUGGACAUUGACAAUGCAUGCUUUGCCUAAUCCUUACACUGACACUACAUACAGCAGGGCAAUGUUUGAUGAGGCUGGCACUGCUCCUUAUGAGGAUUAGUAAAACAUAUUUUGAAAACUAGCCUUGGCUGCAAUGUACAUACACUAAGUGAAAAUGGAUAGUAUGCUUUAUGGAAUUUGGUGUAAUUUUAGAGCAUUGCUACUGCUUCCUUCACUUACACCAGUUGCAAUGGUUGUAUUUCAACAUAUACAGGUACCUGAGGCUGGUCUCAAGCAUUGCAGUAGAGCAUACUGCCAUCUUCUAAACACAGUGUCUAUCCAUCUUACAGUAUAUCCAAUUUUAGGCAGGCAGUAGUGAGAUGUAGGAAUCAAUUUAUUAAACUUUUUCCUGAUUUUGGUUAUUGAGCAGGAUUUCCUAGGUAAGGAACACAACACAUAGUUUAAUAAGUCAAUGUGCCAAUUUCUGCAGUCCAUAACUUACUUACAGUAUAUUGACACAGUAUCAUAGAAAGCUUCAGUUUUGAACUUGAUAUUCAUAUAGCUCAAAGAAGAACUUUGUGACCGUUUGCCUACUUAAAACUUUACAGGCAUAUGACUGAUCGUUUACAAAGACAUAAGCCGUCACCUCGCUUAUGGAACUAGUCAGAGGUUUCUAGUACACCAUUACUGACACAGUUCUGCAAUGGAUUGCAAGAAAACAAAACUAUAUAUUUGGACAAUGUACAUUGGUUAGAAGCAGUAGUACUGUUAACCCCACAGAACUUGACUUAUUGCUGUUAUUGUUAAUGCUUUUGUCCUUUAUUCUCUGUUAAUUGCAAUUAACAAUCCUUAAAUUCGCUACUGGGACAGUGAUCUGGGAUAACUUUAAAUAUAGGCAUAGUAAUGCAUUGCAAGCCAUCUUGGAGUUGCCCGGGAUUAGAUAUAAAAUAAUUAUAGACACUAUAACGUUCAUUGCAUUUUGUUCAUUUGUUUUUAUUUUUAUGCUUUUAGAAAAAGAAAAAAAAAACAUAAAGCCUUUCUAAAUAGUAAUGCAAAUGUUCUUUUGUUUAUUUAGAGAACUAAACAGCUUCAGGGCCGCAAGCACAGUGGAUUGGGAACCAACCAAUCACAGUUGGUGCAGUGCUAGUCUCAUGACCAGCAGUUAGUGCAAGUUGUACAAAAGCCAAUAUUGUAUUUUUGAUUUAUCCUACCACUGCCAGCUCCAUGCUUAAUAUGCAUAAAGCUGACAUACGGAAUUGUGUUUUUAUACAUGCAUAUAUAUAUAUAUAUAUAUAUAGAUAUAGAUAUAUAAAUUAUGUUCAUAUAUGGCAGGUCAUCCUGCAGUGUACGCGUUUUAUGUGCUGAAAUUUUUUUAUGUAAAAUAGGUUUUUCUAUUUUGUUCCUAUGCUGCGUACACAACAGAAGUCCUGAAUGUUUUGUUUUUUUAUUUCAUUGGGGAUAGACUGUAAGAAAUACUGUUUUGGGAGAUUUUUUUCUUUAUCUUUUUUUUUUUUUUUUUUUUCCUUUUAUAGAUAAUUCAAAUCCUUUAUUGCCUGGGACAAUUUGACACAUGCUGUUAUGUCAUGUGCAAUAAAUGUCUUUUGGCAUGGAAAUGCUUAGCCAUAUGAAUGGUAGUCUUAUAAACAAGUGCAGUGUUGGACAAUGAAGAGCAGAUGAAUGUGUUGUGCACUUUUCUUACUGUGCACAAGCAGUGUUUUACAGCAGUUGUCUAUUGGCUGCAGAAUUGCCAACAAAACCCCACUAUCCUUCAACAUUCCAAACCCACUGACUGGAAGCCCAUUGUUGUCAAGCUCUACAGCAAGACAUGCAAAAAAGUGGAGCAAUGUCUUUUUCUUUACUAGCCGGACAAAUAAUAGACACAAUAGUAGGUAGGCACUUGAUUACAUUCAGUUAGAUGUUACGUAGCAGAAAACUAUCUGCCAUCGACAGUAGCUGCUAUUUACCUUUUGUACAAUGCAGUCAUACUGUAAUGUACAUCAUUGGUCUACAUUCUGUUUCUCUGUUCACCUGCAGAUCUCUGCUUCCUUCUGACAGUAUGAGAAUUAUGACACUUGUAGUUUGAACUUCUCAUUGCUCUCUGACUGACUUGAACAGCAGGCGAAGGGAAAUAAGUGUCCCUGUUUCUAUAAUGCAUGUCACAUGAGCUACUUUUUAAUUGCAAUUAAUGGCAUCAGUCCCUAGAUAGUUUACAGUGUAACAUAUAUGGUGCCAUGGGCAUUACAUGGCACCAUGUAAAUAUGUACCUAAGCCUUAAAGAAUUUACAUCCUUUUUAGUAACAUACAGUAGAAGUAGAACCAAUUUGCUGUGACAUGUAUCUCCAAUCAGAAACUUGCUUGUCUUCGUUUAACUUCUGGAAGACCUUUUUUUUAAUGCUUAUACUUGCAAAGGUAUGCAGAACAGUUGUAUAGCUUUUACAUAAUGUUAUUUAAUAAAGAAUGGCAGGUUGAGAUAGUUUGGUUAAUGAAUGCACGUAUUGCUGACAUUCUCGUGAGCUAAAAUAGAAAUGUUGGUUGGAAAAUAUUAAUCUGCAGCUAUUUGUUUUUUCACUCCUGUUUUCUGCAUCAGUCUAUCAGGCCUGGGCCAUACUUCACAAAUAUGGAGUUACAAUAUUUACAACUGAAUGCAAUUGUCGGAGCACAAACUUUCUUAGAAACCUACAGAAAGUUAUAACAAUUCUUUGGAUUUAUUCACAAAAUUACAAGAGGAAAAGGAACGACUUUUGCAUAUGUGUAACAAGUGCACAGUUAUUGGUGUGGCUGCAUAUGCUAUAAUUCCAUUUAUUCUUUUCUUUACUAUAGAUUACUGUCCUCCAAAUCAUUCACUCUUGUAACCAUUUAUCUGCCCCCCUCCCUUCCCAGAGAGAGCAUGCCUUAUUAAAUGUGGGUUUCCAGACUUGGUUUAUUCUUUUUCUUUCACCAAUUGGUAAAACAAGCACUGUUAUUUUGUAUAAAAUAACUGAUGGACUCAAUGAGUUUUCUGUGUGCAUGAUUUUAAAGAUAUGGUGAUACUAAUAUAUAUAUAUAUAUAUAUAUAUAUAUAUAUAUAAAAAUUUAUUUUUUAAAGUCCAUUUGUAUCACACAAGAGACGGCCUAAGUGUGGGCUGUUGCUGCAUUCUACUGUGUAUCUGCAUUACGCAAUGUAAAACAUUUUCCCUGCAAAAUAAAGCCUGUGCAUGUAACUAUUGGAUCCCUGAAGGAAAAAAAAUGAUGUAAGACACUCAGAGGAAUCUGGAAUGGAUUGUGCGAUGCUGCCAUCUAGGGACUUGAAAAGAAGCUGCUGGAAUAUAAUCCUCAUGAAGCAGUGUAGAUGGAUAAGAAAGACUACUGGUGACAAUGCUUAUGGGACAGAGAAUAAAAUUAGUAACCACA